UCUUUAGGUCUCUCUCUCUCUCUCUCUCUCUCUCUCUCAAAUUAGUCCAAACACAUAAAAAAGCUCUUUAGGUGGAAGAAACAAAGAAUACUCUAGAGAGAGAGAGAGAGAGAUUCUCAUGGCUGAGUUGCAAAGGUCAGAAAUAUCCUUUAGAAGGCAGGGCUCAUCAGGCUUGGUAUGGGCCGACAAGCUCACAGCCGGCGAAGUGGUAUUGGGCCAAUCAAAGCCCAGUAGUGAAGAUCAGGGUGAUGCAAAAGAGCCACGUGGCGGGAGCCGACCCUAUCGGACGGUCAAGAUGCCGUCUCCCACCGUUGACCCGCCGUCUCCGAAGGUCGCCGGUUGUGGCUUCUGUGCCAUGUUUGGGAAACCGGUACAAGACCAUAAACCAAAACCAAACAAACGUAGAUGAUAUAUGGUAGUAAUAUAUAAUAUAGUUCUUAUUUUCAACACAUU